AUGCCAUAUACAAACUUCUUUAUUCUAAAAACAGCAUGUGUAUUCUGUAGAAGAUCACAUAUGACUUGCGACGAUGGUCGACCUUGCCAACGAUGCACCAAACGUAAUAUUGGUCACAAAUGUUAUGACACUCCCCGUCCAAGUGCCAAGAAGCGUGCGUCUGCUACUCUAGAUAUUAUCUCACCAGUUUCAGCAGACGACAAACUAGUUAUCUGGGGCAAUCUUCUUGAAUUCAAUCCCAACAGCGACUCUCCUUUUGAAGAAAAUGUCAAUGAGUCCGUGUCCAGAGAGAGGCGCGAAAGUAUGCGAGAAAAUUUCUUUCUGAUCGCUGCCGAUCCUACUGACGGAAAUAUCGAAGACCGUCUCAACCAAAUAAUCAAUGCAAAGUAUGAAGCAGGCUUUCUUAAACCAUACAACUACGUCAAUGGAUAUGCUCGUCUUCAAAGAUACAUGGAUCAACAUAUGUCUUCUAAUACCCGUCGACGAAUCCUUAAUGUAAUGGGUACCUUUCGACCAGCAUUUCGAGAAAUCGCUCAGUCCCUGACAGAUAUUGACCUUAUUCUUGUCGAAGAAGCAUUUGAAAGACUAUUACUUGAUUACGAUCGUGUCUUUAGUGCAAUGGCAGUACCAGCCUGUCUCUGGCGAAGAACAGGCGAAAUUUACAAGGGAAACAAGGAAUUUGCUUCUCUAAUUGAUGUUCCAGUUGAUCAACUAAGUGAUGGAAAACUAUGUAUUUAUGAAAUUAUGGCUGAAGAAUCAAUUGUUAAUUACUGGGAGAAAUAUGGUAAUAUUGCAUUUGAUCCUCGGCAAAAGGCUGUCCUGACUUCCUGUCUCUUGCGAACAAAGAAAAAAUCAGUCGUUUUAUCUUGCUGUUUUUCAUUCACGAUUCGAAGAGACCGAUAUGACAUACCCACCAUAAUAGUAGGCAAUUUCCUACCCAUUGAAAUCCAAUCAUAG